AGGCGUGGCUGAGCGAUGCCCAAGCCACGCCUUUGUCUAGGCAUCAAAGCAGAAGGAGGCGUGGCUGAGAGAUACCUAAGCCACGCCCCUCACUUUGUAGGCAGAAGGAGGCCACGCCCCUGCCUUUAUAGACAUCCAGGAGGAGGCGUGGCUGAGCGAUGCCUAGGCCCCGCCCCCUUCUCAUUUAGCCAGCGGAGCCGCUCCGUGAGGCGUUUGCAAACGUGGCUGGCGUCAGGGGCGCCCCUUGGAGGCCUUCCCGGGAUGCAGAAGUUCCUUCAGCAGCUGCCUUCGGGGGCGGCCCAGCUGGUGAAGUCCCCUCCGCCGUCGAAGGAGGCCAAGAGCCCGGUCCUCACGCCCGACGGCGCCCCUCAGACCUGGUACAGCUCCCUGGAGGGCGACGAGCUGAAGCUGCUCAAGUCCCCCGAGCAGGAGGGCGCCCAGCCACUCGAGGGAGGCCUCGACGGAAGCCAGGCCCAGCCACUACGGCAUGAUGAUCUGAAGGAGAUGCUGGACAGUAACAAAGAUUCACUGAAGCUUGAGGCCAUGAAGAGGAUUGUGGCGAUGAUCGCCAGAGGGAAGAACGCAUCUGAUCUCUUCCCCGCUGUUGUCAAGAAUGUGGCUUGCAAGAACAUAGAGGUAAAGAAACUUGUGUAUGUCUACCUGGUGCGAUAUGCAGAAGAACAACAAGAUCUGGCUUUGCUGUCCAUCUCGACCUUCCAGCGAGGACUCAAGGAUCCCAACCAACUUAUCCGAGCCAGCGCCCUCCGGGUCCUCUCCAGUAUCCGAGUGCCCAUCAUCGUGCCCAUCAUGAUGCUAGCCAUCAAGGAGGCGGCAUCGGAUAUGUCACCUUAUGUGCGCAAAACGGCAGCUCACGCCAUCCCCAAGCUGUAUAGCCUUGACUCAGACCAGAAGGACCAGUUAAUAGAAGUAAUAGAGAAGUUGCUGGCAGAUAAGACAACACUGGUGGCCGGCAGUGUCGUGAUGGCCUUUGAGGAAGUCUGCCCAGAACGCAUUGACCUCAUCCACAAGAACUACCGCAAGCUGUGCAACCUGUUGAUUGACGUGGAGGAGUGGGGCCAGGUGGUGAUCAUCAACAUGCUGACACGUUAUGCCCGCACCCAGUUCCUCAGCCCCAACCAGAAUGAGUCUCUCCUGGAAGAGAGCGCGGAGAAAGCCUUUUAUGGGUCUGAAGAAGAAGACUCCAAGGACGACAAAGCAGAGCAAGCAUCCUUGGCGAAGCGCAAGCCUUACGUCAUGGAUCCUGACCACCGCCUCCUCUUGCGCAACACCAAACCCCUGCUGCAAAGCCGCAAUGCUGCGGUUGUGAUGUCCGUUGCCCAACUUUAUUUCCACCUGGCCCCAAAAGCCGAAGUCGGAGUUAUUGCUAAGGCUUUAGUGCGUCUCCUCAGGAGCCACAGUGAGGUGCAGUACGUGGUCCUUCAGAAUGUGGCAACCAUGUCUAUUAAGCGUAGGGGCAUGUUUGAACCGUACCUGAAAAGCUUCUACAUCAGAUCAACGGAUCCCACCCAGAUCAAGAUCCUCAAGCUGGAAGUUCUGACCAAUCUUGCAAAUGAAACCAACAUUUCUACCAUCCUGCGCGAGUUCCAGACCUACAUCCGGAGCAUGGAUAAAGACUUUGUGGCGGCCACCAUCCAGGCCAUUGGUCGUUGUGCCACCAAUAUUGGGAAAGUGCGCGACACGUGUCUCAACGGCCUCGUCCAGCUGCUGUCCAACAGAGAUGAGCUUGUUGUGGCUGAGUCGGUGGUCGUCAUUAAGAAGCUCCUGCAGAUGCAACCGUCUCAACAUAGCGAGAUCAUCAAACAUAUGGCAAAGCUGACCGACAACAUCCAGGUACCCAUGGCCCGGGCAAGCAUCUUAUGGCUGAUUGGCGAAUAUUGUGAGCACGUGCCCAAGAUUGCUCCAGACGUGCUGCGCAAGAUGGCCAAGUCCUUCACGAGCGAAGAGGACAUUGUGAAGCUGCAAGUCAUCAACUUGGCUGCCAAGCUUUAUCUGACAAACUCCAAGCAGAGCAAGCUGCUGACCCAGUAUGUGCUGAACCUCGCCAAGUACGACCAGAACUAUGACAUCCGGGACCGUGCCCGCUUCAUUCGCCAGCUCAUUGUGCCCACGGAGAAGAGCGGUGCCCUCAGCAAGUACGCCAAGAAGCUCUUCCUGGCGCAGAAGCCAGCCCCCAUCUUGGAGUCGUCUUUCAAAGAACGUGAACAUUUCCAACUGGGCUCCCUGUCGCACCUCCUCAACGCCAAGGCUGUUGGCUACCAGGAGCUCCCCGACUGGCCCAGCGAAGCCCCAGACCCAUCUGUGCGAAAUGUGGAGGAAGAGUCCAUUCUCCCUGUGGAAAGCCAUAUUGGGCUGCUAGGCGAACCAAUAGAGGUCCCAGAAUGGACCAAGUGCACCAGUCGCGAGAAGAGGAAGGAGAAAGUGGAGAAGCCGUUCUAUUCUGAUUCGGAAGGGGAGUCCGGGGCGACGGAAUCCGCGGAUAGUGAGCCUGAAACAAUGAGUGGGUCGGAAAGUGAGAGCGGCAGUGAGAGCGGCUCAGGAUCCGGCAGUGAAGACGAGGACGAGGAAGAUGAGGACGAGGAAGAGAGCGAAGACCAGUCGGAGGAGAAGGAAGAGAAGAAAAGGAAGAGAAAGGAGGCUCCAAGGAAAGGAUCUCUGGAGAGUGCUGGGAGUGAGGGGGAGCAAGAAAAAACCAAGAAAAAGCAGCCACUGCAGGAAGGGAAAGGCGGUUCAGAAUCCUCAUCCGAAGAGGGAAGCCUCACGGAGAGCAGCUCCUCGGAGUCUGAGUCGGGGUCCGAAGCAGAAGAAUCUCCCCCAGAGAAGGAAGCCAAGAAGAAGAAAGCACAUCCCAGCAGCAAGCCAGCUACAAAAGCACCCAAGAAAGGGUCGAAGGAGAUCUCCCUGCUGGAUCUGGAUGACUUUUCACCUCCUCCCUCUCAGCCGGUCACCACCAGCCCCAUAGUUUCUACCAGCCUUGUGACUGACCUUGAGGGCCUCACAUUGACUGAUACCACGUUGGCUGCUGCUAUUAUCAGCCCUGUGUUUGGGGCAGUGAAGACAUACGAGCUUCUGCACCGCAUGACCGGGGAAGGACUCUCGGUGGAGUAUUACUUUAGCCGGCAACCGUUUCCUCCCGACUCCCGGAUGGUGGCCGUCCAAAUCCAGAUCUCCAACAACACGGCAGCCGAGGUGAAGAACAUCCGUGUCAGCGAGCCCAAGCUGCUCUCAGGCAUGCGGGUUCAGGAGUUCCAGGAAAUUGAGACUUUACCACCCGGUGAAACGGUCAAUGUGGUUAUGGGUAUAGACUUUUGCGACUCCACCCAAGCCGCCAGCUUCCAGUUGUGCACGCAUACCCGCCAGUUCUACGUCUCCAUCCAGCCUCCCGUGGGGGAACUUAUGGCUCCUGUCUUCAUGAGCGAGAACGAAUUCAAGAGAGAGCAAGAGCAACUGUUAAAGAUGGGUGUGGGGAAGCUGACCGGGAUGAGCGAGAUCACAGAGAAGCUGACGCUACCAGACAAAUGCCAGAGUGACCAUGUGAUUGUCCAGCAAGUGACAGCUGCGGCAAAUGUUAGCCGUGUGCCUUGUGGCUCCGACAAGGAAUACCGGUUUGCCGCGAAGACGGUUAGCAGCGGAAGCCUGAUCCUCGUGACGCUGGAGAAGAAGACGGGCAACGUGGCCCACCUGACCAUCAACAGCGAGAAGAUGCUGAUCGGCACCAUGCUGGUGAAGGACAUUAUCCACUCCUUGACACAGUGACCAGGCAGCCGCUGCGUCUGUCGUCUCACCCAUUUCGGACACCCAACCCUCCUGCCUUCCUGCCUCAUCCACCCACCUCUUUGUCUGGACAUAAAGUGAAGACUGACAGAAGGGAUGCUUAUGAAAAUAUUUGCAGCAGCAAAUGGGGUGCAACCUUCAACAUGGCUAAGAGAGGUUAGGCCAGCAGUAAAUUCAGGGUGGAAGGUUCCUGUGACUGACUUUGAUACCCGGUGUGUCUCCAUUCCUCUAGUUUUCUGUUCCAUGGCACUAUUUAUUAUUGGCAAAAGUGGUUCAAUAAAAGUUCUUCCUUCACUCGA